AUGGGAAUCAAGGACAACCGCAUGAUGAUGCGCGGUCCGCAGCGGGCCCCGCGAACCGUCAUCGACCGCGCAUUGGUCAUUCUCGUCGCGCUGAUGUGGAUCGCGGUGGCGCUGACGUGGCAAGCGGCCCGCUGGAACAUUCAGAAAGCGCAAAAGGAAGCUUCCAACCCCGACCAGCGCGCGCAAGCGCAGAAGGGCGACUGGUGGGAGGAAUCCAUGGCUGGCAAGCAGAAGGCGAAAGAAGUGGCAGCGGCGAAAGCAGCAGCAGCUAAGGAAUCUGGAUACGACAGCCAGAUUACGAUCGGCAGGAGUGGAAGGGAGUACGGCGGGGUUAACAGCGGUGAGGGGGGGUCGCGGUAUGCUGCGCGCGCAACCGUGGGCGGGGAUUUGGGGGACCGGUUGUCGCUCGGGGGGGAUGAGUUGGAAGAUUAUGCACGUCAAGAUGUCGCUGUAGUUGAUAACACCAAACGGAGACGGAUGAAAGCUAGUAUCGGGGACGGGCACUCGGAUCGGUCGCGGAUAUGGCAUCCGGUGACGGAAGACGACGACAUUCAAGACGUGCCUAUAGACGGGUUGGAGGAGGUGAGGGAGGAGGUUAAGGGGCGGCAUCUGGUGUUUUCAUUUGAAGAGGAAGUGAGCAGUGAUGACGUGGCGCCUGCAUCUGUUAUCAGCAGGUGA